GUGGGGUUCCACCUCUCGCAGGGCAACUCGCCGCUCUGAGGGUCGUCGACGGGCGGAUGCAGGAUGGAUAUACACAGGUCGCCGUUCUGCAAAAAAGCGACAACGGGGAUCGGACGACAGGAGUGUUCACUCACGUCAUCACGCCACGAUAUCUGCAUGUGUGUGUCGUACGUAUAAGUGGUGCGUGUGGCGGCUUGAAUUACCGGCAAAGCAUCUCUUCCACAAAGCCACGACAUCAAGCGUUCUUCCCUCUUACUUUAGAUAAGACAAAGGUUCGAACACUUGGCUGUCCAAACGACGCUGUAAUCAUGGCUCCAGCUUACAAUCCCGAAAUAAUGGGAGUGUUUGGAUUCUGGACUGGGAUCCUUACACUCAAACUUUUGUCUAUGUCUCUUUUGACUGCGAGAACUCGAUUUCGUAAGAAGGUAGUUGCCAAUCACGAAGAUGCUAUGAUGCUGGGAAAGGUUCGUGUGGCAUACGAUGAUGUGGAUGUGGAGCGAGUUCGCAGAUCACACCUAAACGACUUGGAGAACAUUUUGCCAUGGGUAGCCAUAACGUACAUUUAUCUGGGAACUGCUCCAGCCAACUGGUUUGCUGCCCUGUUGAUCAGAGGCUUCGUGCUAUCUAGAAUUGGACAUACUCUGUCUUACGCUAUUUUUCCUAAGCAACCCUUCCGUGCCAUUACAUUCUUCAUUGGAUUUUCUCUGACAGCCUUCGAAGCAGCUGCCACAAUCUACUACUACUUGUAAUUCUGACCGAAAGAAGUCAGAUUGGCUAAUUCAUGACAAUUGUAGGAGGCACCUGUGCAGAAACUAAAAACUUUCGCGAGGCUAUUCAUAUAUAUAUUUUUCGACACUCCGUGUGCAAAAAUGUAUACUGUAUAAUGGGAGUUUCAAGAGAGAGAGGAAGAGCGAGAAAUGCAUUGUAAAGGGUUGAUGAUUUCUUAUUCUAUUUACAAAUAAAAUAAGCGA